UAUUUGGGGCUUGACCUGGACAGCCGUUGGAGCUUCCGCGCUCAUUUCCGGAACCUGGUCCCUCGCCUUAUGGCAGCCGCCGGCGCUCUUAGCUGGCUGCUGCCAAACGUGAGGGGCCCGGGAGAAGGUUCCCGCCGCCUAUACCUCGGCGUGGUGCGGUCCAUGGCCCUGUACGGGGCCCCCAUCUGGGUGGGGGCCCUAGGUAGGGAAAAUGUGGCCUGUCUUAACAGGCCACACAGGGCCAUGGCCAUCAGGGCCAUUAGAGGCUACCGCACCAUAUCCGGGGAAGCGGCGGGUCUGCUGGCGGGGUCUCCUCCGUGGGACUUGGUAGCGGAGCUCCACGCGUCAGUGUACCACUGGCGCGCGGAGCGACGUUCCAUGGGGGAGGCACUCGCUGGUCACGAGAUCGAAGCGCGGAGGUCCGACUUUCGGCGGAUCCUCAGGAUCGAAUGGCGGGCUAGAUUGAUGAGCCCGUCGGCCGGCCUGAGGACCGUCGAGGCUGUCCGUCCCAUCCUCAAACGGUGGAUGAAUAGGAGAUGGCCACUGACGUACCGCAUGACGCAGAUACUGUCCGGGCACGGAUGCUUCGGGCGGUAUCUGUGUCAUGUGGCGAGGAAGGAGCCGACGACCGGCUGCCACGAGUGCGGAGGUGUUGAGGACACGGCGCAACACACGCUGGACGAAUGUCCAGCGUUCGAGAGUGAGCGCCGUGUCCUCACACGAAUAGUGGGGGACGAUCUCUCGCUGCCGAAUUUAGUUCGGAGGAUGGUCAGUAGCGAGAGAUCGUGGCUGGCGGUGAGCUCCUUCUGCGAGGAAGUUAUCUCGCGGAAGGAGGCGGCGGAAAGGGAGCGGGAG